AACACUCCUGACCUGACAUGCAUUAGCUUGAUAGUUAGAUAACCAUUGGGUUGUGCAAGUUCUACUGGUUUUGUCAUUAAAAACAAGAAAAGGUACUUUGAGCCCUUGUCUAGCUAAGAGAGACUUGCUGCAGUGUUCUCCCCUAAUAAAUCCAAUUUAGCACGGAUUAAAUCGGAUUUUCGACAUGGAUAAAGAGAAUCUGUCCGUGGUGCUGCAUUCGCCUGGCGAUCUCAGAUUGGAACAUCGCCCUGUUCCUGAACCAGGUCCAAAUGAGGUGCUGGUGCAGAUGCACUCUGUUGGGAUCUGCGGCUCAGACGUGCACUACUGGCAGCACGGACGCAUUGGUAGCUAUGAGGUUAAGAAGCCCAUGGUGCUGGGGCACGAAGCCGCAGGACGCGUCAUAAAAGUGGGGUCAGGGGUCAAGCACCUCCAGCCAGGUGACAGAGUAGCGAUCGAACCUGGGGUGCCUCGCGAGAUGGACGAGUUUUUCAAAACUGGGCGGUACAACCUGUCCCCCACUAUCUUCUUUUGUGCCACACCUCCAGAUGACGGGAACCUCUCUAGAUACUACAAACAUAGUGCCAACUUCUGUUACAAGCUGCCUGACAGCGUGACCUAUGAGGAGGGGGCUCUGAUUGAGCCCCUGUCUGUCGGUAUCUACGCCUGCCGCAGGGCUCAGGUGACUCUGGGCAGCACCGUGCUGAUCUGUGGUGCAGGACCAAUUGGGCUGGUUUGCUUGCUGGUUGCCAAAGCGAUGGGUGCGUCACACGUGGCAAUCAGUGACCUGAUAGCAGAGCGUCUGGAAAUGGCCAAGGAGCUGGGUGCCGACUUCCUCCUGCAGGUGAAAAGGGGGGACACGCCAGAGGAGCUGGCCAAGAAGGUGGAGGGGCAGCUGGGCCGCCAGCCCCAGGCUACCAUCGAAUGUACGGGAGUAGAGAGCAGUAUCCAGACUGCCAUCUAUGUAAGUGAGCCAAGACCCCAGGCUACCAUAGAAUGCACGGGAGUAGAGAGCAUUAUCCAGACUGCCAUCUAUGCGACCCGACGUGGUGGAGUGGUGGUUCUGGUUGGGUUGGGCUCUGAGAUGGUGACCGUUCCCCUCCUCAGUGCUGCCGUCAGAGAAGUGGACAUCAGAGGAGUCUUCCGCUAUUCCAACACGUGGCCAGUGGCAAUCAACAUGUUGGCCUCCAAGCAGGUCAAUGUGAAGCCCCUGGUGACGCACCGAUUCCCCCUGGAGGAGGCCGUGCAGGCCUUCGAGACCACACGCCAGGGCCUGGGGGUCAAAGUCAUGCUCAAGUGUGACCCAAAUGACCAGAACCCGUGAGCAAGAACAUAGAGUGGUCAUCCUACCGCAUACAUAGGGCCUUUGGAUGUGACACUUGAAAUUCCAAGCUUUAAAUUUUCCCCACUGUAGCUCUCUCCUUAAAAAUCCAUAAAAACUCCUUACAUAAAGUAGCCAAAGGUUUUAUUGAACCAUGCCAUGCUGUGGGGUGAAGAUGUGAAAUCAAACUUUGACGUUGCAAAAAACCUGAGUCACCUGCCACCUUAGUAGUUAAACCGCAUUCUGUGAGCAGGAAAACAGCAGUCGCCUGAUUAUAACAAAUAAGCUCUUAUAUAUAAACAAAUCAGGAUUUAAGUUAAGAUGUGUGUUCUACUUGGAAAUAUUGGGACAUUUCAGUGACUGAACGUAUUUGGGGGGCACUUGUUUCCUAGGAAAGCAGGCCAUAAUCCGGCAAUGUUUUUUCACGUAGGCACUCUUCAAUCAGGGACUUUUUCUGACUUUUGAACUCCUUCCAAGACUUCCUUAUGGUCAGGCAAGCAGGAAACGGUCUAUUAUAUGCAAACUCUUUCAGAAAAAGAGGUGGGGAUGGUUAUUUGCUUAGUUUCCUUUCUAUGAUUAUCUAUGAGAAGCCAACGCACCAUUCAUUUGUUAUAUAGCCUAGUUUGUUGAAAACUUCUUUUAGGGCAUGGGUUGGUAAUUCUUUAUUUGCUUAGUUUCACCAUGCCCCAUUAAGAAAGAAAGCCUAACAAAUAAAUGAAUAAUAGCUUAUGCAUUCCAUGUUGUCUGAUUCUUUGGUUGUUGCCAUUCAGUAGAAGUGAGGCGUGUAACAACGCAUUAUGUAAUAACACCGCAUUAUGUAAUAACUCGACAAAAUGUAAUAAAUUUUUACUUCAUUAUGUAAUAACACCCGCGUUUUAUAAUAAUCUGCCACAUUUUGUAAUUUCAGCCUUACUGUAUGUAAUAACCAACCAAAAUGGAUGUCUUUAUUCAUAAAAAUCAUUAUAACAACAAUGUUUAUUUUAUGCAUUCUAGCAUGAAUCAUAUUGACUCAAAAUUAAUUUUAAAAAAAUACAAUUAAUUCAGUAGAUUAGUAGUAUCUUUCAUUUGUCAAAACUACAUCAAGUAGUUGAUGUAUUCCUUAGCUUAAUUGAAACUGUACUUGAGGGUUCAUAGAAACAUAGAAACUGCAUGACAUUAAGUGUUAUACUGACACAAACAUCUCAGUACUGGUACACACAGGAGACACACACACGUGCAUACAUGUGUGCACACGCACACAAACAAACAAACAUAGAUGAACAUGCACACACUCUCGACACCUGCUUUUUAUUAUGUGGAGCACUUUUUUUGUUUGUUUUUGUUGCCAAAUUGGUUUUGGAGCAGUGAGAGCAGUGAGCACAGCUUAUUGUUUAAUAAACAAUUGAACUGAA